UGUUUUUUAUCUAUUUCUCUCAUUUUACAAUCUUUCUCAUUUAUUUCUCUCUUUUCAUUUUCUCACUAUAACCAAAAAUACCCUAAGCCAUUAGAGAAAAAAAAAGUGAUUCAUUAAAAUAUCUGGAGGUUAAACCAGUCAAGUGAAGAUAGAGGAAGAAACUGAGACAAUAACAAAGGAGGUUCCCGAGAAGAAGCUGAAAGAUCGGAAGGUUUCAUGGGCGAAACUACGCCGUGUAGAUUCUCUCAAUUUGGAGGCUGGAAGAGUUUCUAUGAAUGCAAAUCACCAUUCCAAGAUGGGUUGGAGUGUGACUUUGAGUUUGGCAUUUCAAAGCAUAGGGAUUGUGUAUGGUGAUAUUGGGACAUCACCACUUUAUGUGUAUGCAAGUACUUUCACAGAUGGAAUAAAAAACAGGGAUGAUAUUCUUGGAGUAUUGUCUCUCAUCAUCUACACCAUUGUUCUUAUUCCCAUGCUCAAAUAUGUUUUCAUGGUUUUAUGGGCUAGGGACAAUGGAAACGAUAGUUGUACCUGCAAGCACAUAUAUGCAUAUUCUCCUUCCAUUUAUUGGUGAGGUUAAAAGGUAUCUGCAAGAAGCGGGGGUGUACUUCCAAGGUUAACACUCUGACACUAACUCAGUACGUGAAUGAUGAGAGAGUAAUAAAAUUGUGUUUGAAAUUUAUUACCUAAAAUGGUUCCAUCCCGUAUAUAUAGGUGUUGAAACGGUAUAGCGGCAAGCAACAAAAGAUUUGGAAAUAUUUAUCCGGGAUUUAUCGUGUCCACAGAGAUUGGUGAGAAGAACUGCCGUUCGACUAUCUCGCGUUCUAAGUUUCAUGAUUGGGUUUGCAAAAGGUAAAUGCGGGAAAAGUAAAUGAAAGCAGAUAAACAAUCUCAAUAGUCUAAGAGAAAGAGUUAUGGAAUUGUAUUUCGUUCUACCCGUAUAAUACUUAAAUCUGAAGAUCUAUCACUCGACACUCACAAUACGCAUCAACAUCAUCGGGCAUCACUCGAGAUGCCACAUCGGUGCCCAUGUCUGCAACACCGACGAAAGCUCAACCGUACUAUUCACAUCAGCGAUUUCUCCACCGACACAAACAACACGGAGGCAUUAGACUCGAUACCCACUACGAUUGUUAGUCAUAAAUCCAUGUCUGCAAUCCAGAAACUAACAGUUAUCAUUCCUAAUCAAGAUCUAUGGUGUCCAUGUCUGCAACAACACAAAUUCAGAGCAUUUAAGCAAAAAGAUCAAGAACAACAACAAUGAUGAUUUGUAAAGCGAAUAUAUAAACGAUCUCAAGAUCAACAAAUGUACAUACAAUAAAAGUAGAAAUAUACAUACAACACCCACCAUUGGAAUGAAACAAAGGGAAGAGAGAAGAUGAACCUGAAAGAUCUCACCGGUACAAUGAAAUCGAGACAGAUCCACGAUCAAUCCACAUGAUUUAGCAUCCAAUGGUGUUUCCUAAACCUCUAAACUACCAAAAAUGGAUCAGAGCUCAACUUGUCAAAGAAGAGAUGAUAAAAAACCUAGAAAAAUAUGUUCUAAGCUAUUUAUACAAAACUGAUUUACGCACAGCGUGCGAAGCGCCCUUGGAGCGCGCGACGCGCGUUCUCACUUAUGUACCAAACCGCCUUAUGGCGCGAAGCGCCCUAAAAACCGCGCGACGCGUCCAAUAUUCUGCUAGAAUUUGUUCUUCAACCUCACAGCGCGCGACGCCCCCUCCAGCGCGCGUAGAGCCCUGCACCAGAACAGCAGAAUUAUUUCCUCUUUUCUCUCGCAGCCGUGUCUUCGACACUUUAUUCCUCAAGGCUCCGAAAACGCAAGAAUACCUACAAAAAUACAACAAAACUAUCAAACAAUAUAAAAGUGUAUGAAAAUACAAGUAUUCGUAAAGUAAACGUAAUUACACAAAAACAGGGAAUUAUUCAAACAGUAUUAACAAAAAGCGUCGAUAAGUGCCACUGUUUACAUACACAAAAUAACUACAAUUUGGCACCUAACAAUAGGUAAGAGGAAUAAUUGCCUCGCUAUUUUUCCAGCGUGGAAUGCGGAGGAGCGUCGGAUGUGUUGGAGGUAUAUAUCUCAUGCUUCCAAGUCUUCGAGGGUUCAAUGGUCAGCGGAAUGUUCUAGAGGUUUAGUAUAUAUCUGACUUAGAUCAGGGAUGUUACGUAUUUAUGGUGAUCGGAUCCAUGGAGGUGAGGCUUGAUCAAGAUAGAUAUUGUUAGGCCGGAACAGUUUCUCCCCAAGCCCUUUUGUUAGGAAAUGACCGUGAGGGAUUAAAGGUUUUUAGGCAUCAGUUUUCGGCUACACUGCCUCUGCCACUUGGUAACUCUGGGUCCCUCGGAGAAGUGAUUAUGAUUUUUCUUAGAAAUUAAAAUAUUCAAGUAUUAUGUGCGAGAGAAGUGACUGUUGAUAAUACACCUUUUGUUUCAUAAGGUCACUUCAUAAAUAUAGGAAGAACCAAAGUCACUUCUUUUUUAGGUUUUUCUUUCUCCUUUUUUCUGAAUCGUUGUUUCUGAAGCAUUUCUUUCAUGUUCUUGAAUUUUCUCACGC